AAAGUCAUAGUCAAUCAUAACGAAAACGAAACGAUUCUAUUUUGUGUGUGGUGUUUGUAAAUUUUAGGGCGUGGAAUUAUUCAUCACUUUCCAAUUUAUUUCGAAUCUCAUAUUUAAUCUACCCAAAAAGAACUCAAAACAAACUAAAAGACAUCAAAACAAAAAUGGGAGCUAGUAACAAAAACACUCGAAUAGCCCUGGGAAUAUCCACAGCAUCAGCAAUCUUUGUUGUGAUUGCUUUCUUCUCGCCAUAUUGGUUGGUCACCGAUGGCAAACUGGCAAAUCCCAAGUUUCUAAAUCUCGGCCUGUGGGAAGUGUGCUUCAAUAAUUUCCAAGAUGUCCAUCGAUUCUACGACACACGUUUCACGGGUUGCAUGUGGGUAUUCGAAGAGGAAUACUACAUUAUUCACGAUUACUUGCUUCCUGGAUUCUACAUUGCCGUUCAGUUCUUUGCAACGCUGUGCUUUGUCGCCUGUUUGGUGGCCUUCCCACUAACAUUGGGAUUCCUGCGAUGUUCUCGCAACGACGAUAGAUAUGUGUUCUUACUUCUAACGAUUGGGGCAGUUGAAGUGUUUGGCUCAUUUUGUGGAAUGCUGGCGGCUUUAAUUUUCGGUGCCAAUGGCGACCGGAGAGACUGGAUGCCCCACUGGCAGAACAACGACAUGGGCUGGGCCUUCGCACUGGCAUGCAUUGGCAGUGCGUUCCUAAUGCCAGCUGGUAUCCUCUACAUGGUGGAGGCACGACGUGAGCGCUAUAAGCGCUUGAACGAGAUCGGCAAUCGCGAGGUUAACGAUUACGCCAACGACUACAAUACCAGACGUUAUGGCGAAGGAGUUCAAACGGAUAUUUAAGUGCAAAUAUUCCAAAGAGUUAAUCCAACGUUUUUAGAAACCGUCCAUAUCAAAUUAAGCUUAUGUUUGUCUUAAUUUAAUUUUGUUUAUAAUUUUAAGUUCGAUCCACUAAAGAAAGUGCCUUCACAUUAUUUUGUAAAGUAGUUUUUUAAACAUUCCAAUGUUCUUUUUUUCUGUUUAUAUUUUUUACAUAAAAAGCGACAAAUAAAUAUACAUAUAUUUUUUAAGAACAAUAA